CCUGAGAGACGUCACUGGGCGGCGACAGAACGCUGCGAAGAGACGGAAGAGAGCCGAGAGAACGGGCGUCUUAAAGGCGUAGGAGCCCCCCCCCCCUCGCUCUCGUUCUCUCUCGGCUCUUCGUCGGGACGGGGCGGGGCCGAGCGGAGCUUCCGUGAGGCGGAGAGUCCCCAGGAGCCGGAGCAGAGUUCCUUUUUCCUCCUGAGAUGCCCAAGGUGAAAAGGAGCAGAAAACCUCCUCCAGAUGGAUGGGAGUUGAUUGAACCAACCUUAGAUGAGCUGGAUCAGAAAAUGAGAGAAGCUGAGACUGAACCACAUGAAGGGAAGAGGAAAGUGGAAUCCUUGUGGCCCAUUUUCAGAAUUCAUCACCAGAAAACACGUUACAUUUUUGAUCUCUUUUAUAAGAGAAAAGCCAUCAGUAGAGAAUUAUAUGAGUACUGCAUCAGAGAAGGAUAUGCUGACAAAAACCUGAUUGCGAAGUGGAAGAAGCAGGGCUACGAAAACCUCUGUUGCUUGCGCUGCAUCCAGACACGGGACACCAACUUUGGCACUAACUGCAUCUGUCGGGUUCCAAAAAGCAAGCUGGAAGUGGGCAGAAUCAUUGAGUGCACUCACUGUGGAUGCAGAGGCUGCUCCGGAUGAGGCCUUUUUACAGCAACAUCCCCCCCCCCCCCCGCUCCCCAUCUGAUGGAUUACUGACUCUGCAUCAGUGACUGUUCUUAAGAGCUAUAAUUUGCCUUUCAUAAAACUUGGCGGUGAGUAGGCCUCCUGUAGCAGAUGGACCACGCAGCAGUCUGCACUCUACAAGCAACAACAUGUUGGUUCAUUCUCUGUAAGCAUUUUAUUUUGAAAUAAAGCCUUGCCUACCUGACACCAGGUGUUCGGCUGCUCUAGAACCCUG